CACGUUUAUACACAUAUCUAUUUACUUGUCUAUAAUACUGUGUAUAGUACAAAAUGGCACAAACUUUUUCGUUGGCCUUCGUAAUUGCCUACAUGCUGCUUCUCUCGUCUCUGUUCGCUGCCGGAGUAACCACAGUCACCGAGGAUGGAGAACUGCUUUCCUCGAUGAUCGGAGUUCAAGGUCUCAUCUACUGCAAACAAGGAUCUAAGCUUACUCCUCUCCAAGGUGCAGUGGCGAGGGUGACAUGUGAGAGAGCUGAUGAAUACGGUUACGAAGGAGAGGAUGUGACGGUGCUUAGCCAAGCGACGGAUGCCAAGGGUUAUUUCCUGGCGACGCUUUCUUCGUCGGAAGUGAAGGAUUAUUUUAACUCUAAGAACAAGGUAAUGAGGAUCAAAGAGUGCAGGGCGUUUCUCGAGCUUUCUCCAUCGGACACGUGUUCUUUUCCGACGGAGAUCAACCGUGGAAUCAGCGGAGCCAUUCUCCAAAAGUAUCGUCUCGUAGAAAACAAGCUUAAGAUGAAGCUCUUCACCGUUGGCCCUUUCGUUUUCUCGCCCCAGGAGACUGAUCAGGACAAGUCUAUCCCCAACGGCUACUAAAUUCAAUUUUUGUUGUCUAAAAUGCCCCAUAUGGGCCGUACGUAACGUAACGUAAUAAUAGGUGAUGAUGAGCCCGCGACUUAUUAUAUAACAUGCCUCGUCAUGGUUUGGUUUCAUCUGGGUGUUAAACGUAUCUCUAUAUAUACAUGUUUUUUUUGUUGUUC